AUGGGCGAUUUAAAAAUAUCGACUCUAAACCUCACUAAAAGGUACAGCAACUCUUUUUAACUAUUUCUGAUGGUGCAUAGUCAUCGGGUGUUUAGAGGGUUUUUCAUAAUGCUGUUAAUAUUUCAUAUGAUUCUGUUGUUAGUGCCAUGGAUUGAGAUUAAAAUACCGGCAUGGCCAAUAUUAAAAAUAAUAUUUGCAAUAGGAGCUUCUUUAUGGCCAUUUCCAACCUUUGACAUGUUAUCAGAAGAAAACCUAUACUUAAGACAGUUAUUAAUGAAAACUUUAGAGAUUUCAGUGAUAAUGUUAUAUACUAUAGAUUUAUUACCAAAAAUCUUUAUUUGGAGGUAAAAUGCUUUAUGGAAAUUUGUGAAUAUUGUAAUUUUAUCUCAAAUGAUGUUUUUAUUGCCUGUGUCAAUAAUUGCUUAUGAUAAAGUUGCAUUACCAAGUGACACAAUGAAAUUACGGAUAUUUUCUAUUAGUUUCUGUUUUGUGAUAGUAUGUGAAAUUCUAAGCAUAAGAGAAUAGAAAUCAUUAAGAUUCUUAUAAAUAACAUAAAGAUAAUAGGAAAAGCAAAGAUAAAUAAAAUAAAAAAUUCAAGAGUUUAGUUGGUGUGAAAUAGUAAAACAUGAUUCUCCUGAUGAUUGUUGGGUAGUAAUAAAAGAUAAAAUAUAUGAUGUUACAUAAUUUUUAUAAUAUCAUCCAGGGUAACUAAAUAUCUAUUUGUUUUAGUGGUAAUAUGAUUCUUGAUGGAGCUGGAGGAGAUUGUACUGCCCUUUGGUAUUCUUAUCAUCCUAGUAAAUUGAUAAAAUAGGAUCCACCUUAAUAAUAUUUAAUAGGUAAAGUUAGAGAUUACUAAUAAUAUUAUUCAUAUGAUGAUGAUUUUUAUUCAAGUAUAAAGGAAGAAGUGGAAGAAUUGAUUCCUAGAAAUAAAUGGUAAAAUGAUUGGAAACUUUUUAUUAAAGGAUUCUUAUGUAUAAUAGGAUAUCUAGCAAGUUUAUAUUAUUAUAUCAAUUAUUGUACAUUAUUGUCUGCAAUUUUAUUAGGAUUCUUUGCUGCAUAAGUAUUUUAGUCAAUUUAUUUUAGGCUGAUGUAAAUAUUAUGCAUGAUGGAAAUCAUUAUGCUUUUUCAUCAAAUAAAACAUUAUCAUUUUUAGCUGGUUAUGUUUUAGAUCUUACCUUCUCUACUAGUGUUGUUUAUAGAAGAUCUCAUAAUUUUGGACAUCAUAGUUGUGUUAAUCAUUUAGAAUUAGAUAGAGCUUUUGAUACUACCUUUCCUUAUAUCAGAUUGCAUCCACUUUAAUAAAGAUAUUGGUAUCAUAAAUAUUAACAUUUGUAUAUAUGGAUUAUAUAUACAUUUGUUAAUUUUACUGAUGUAUUUGGAACUUUUGAUGAAAUGCAAUGGUUUAGUAAUUUCCCUUGCAGAAGAGGUUAUGUAUCCAAAUUAUAAGUACUAUUAUAAAUUAUUGUUAAAAUCUUAUGGAUUUCAUUAACUUUAAUUUAUCCUUCUAUCAAAUUCUCCUACAAAGUUGCAUUUGGAAUGUGGUUUAUCUAUAAUGCAGUUCACAGUUAUAAUUAUGCUUUGUACUUUUCUGUCAAUCAUUGGACUCUUGAAGCUGGCGUUGUUGAUAACUAAAAUAUCAAUUAAACUAAUUGGGGUAAAUUGUAAAUCUAAAAUUCUUCUAAUUUUGCUCUUGGUUCUUUUAUUUGGACUCAUUUAUCUGGUGGACUUAAUUAUUAAGUAUAAUAUUUAAUUUUUAUCUAUUAGAUUGAGCAUCAUCUAUUUCCAUAGUUUGCACAUACUCGACUUAAAGAAAUUAAGAAAACUAUUUAAUAAAAAGCUUAAUAAGCCAAUAUCAAGUAUCAAAUUUAUUUAUUUAUAAGAUAUUUUGAGUUCCCAUCAUUUUUAGAUGCUUUAAUUAGUCAUUAUCAAUUGUUAAAAAUUUUAGGAUCAUAAGAUAAAAUUUGA